AUGAGCGGCAAGGGCACCACGAGGACGGGGAGUGGCUCAGGAGUGCACGCGAUCAACAUCGGGCUGUGUGCUAUGGACAAGAAGGUUGAUGGAAAGCCGAUGAGAGAGCUUGUUCAACGCCUUUCCAAAUGUACCGAGUGUGUGACUGUGAUCUUGAUGAACAGGGCGGGGGAGUUUUCCUUCACUCUGUUCGGAGACGAUUUGAUCUUGAACAAGCCCGUCGAAGAGUGGCCGACCUGCGAUGUCCUGAUCGCCUUCUACUCGGGAGGGUUUCCGCUCAAGAAGGCCAUGGACUAUGCCGAGAUGCACCCUGAGAUGCACCUGCUCAACGAUCUAGAGGUGCAGAACAUGUUGUUCGACAGGAGAUGCGUGUAUAAGAUGCUCACCGACAACGGCAUCCCGGUACCGCACCAUGUCUUCUGCAACCGAGGAGAAGACAAAGUGGGGCUCUUCAUCCCUGGAAUGGCGAAACCUGGCCCGCCAUGGCCCACCAGCCACUUCGAGGAAUUUGAAGAUUACAUCAUCUGCGAUGGAGUGAGGAUCAACAAGCCUUUCGUGGAGAAGCCUGUUUCAGGAGAGGACCACAACGUCUGGAUCUACUACCCAAGAUCUGCCGGCGGAGGAAUCAAGAAACUGUUCAGGAAGGUUGACAACAAGUCUUCUGACUUCUUCCCUGAUGAGAAUGAGACGCGCAAGGAGGGCUCGUACAUUUACGAGGAGUUCAUGACCACCGACGGUACAGAUGUCAAGGUCUAUGCUGUCGGCCCGGAGUACGCGCAUGCUGAGGCAAGGAAGUCGCCGGUUGUGGAUGGGGUGGUGCAGCGAUCGGACGACGGUAAGGAGAUCCGAUACCCUGUGAUGCUGUCGAGGAGGCAGAAGAGAAUCGCCCAUGAUGUGGUGAUGGCGUUCAAGCAGACAGUCUGCGGCUUCGAUCUGCUGGUGUGCGGAGGGAAGAACUACGUGUGCGACGUGAACGGAUGGAGCUUCGUCAAGAACUCUCAGCGCUUUUGGGAUGAUGCGACAUGCACUCUGCGGCAGAUGAUUUUCUUAGAGCAGAGGAGGAGGAGGCGGCUGGGACAUGGCUUCGCUCCUGAACCUCGUGUCCGCUCCUUCAACGACCUGGAAGUCCUCCAUCCCAUGCACCCUCACGAUGAGAACGCGAAUGAGAGUGAAGAGGGCGCCAAGGAGGUGGAUAAGGAGAAGGAGGAGGACGCAGAGGAGGAGGAGCCCGAGGAGCCAGAAACCGAGCAGCUCCGCUGCGUCAUCGCGAUCAUCCGUCACGGCGACAGGACGCCGAAGCAGAAAAUGAAGCUCAAGAUUCAGCGGGAUGGACCUUGCCAGGCGAUCUUCGACCUCUUCUCCAAGAUGUCUGACCCUGAGAAACCGACCAAGGAGGUGAAGCUCAAGACCGCCAAGGAGCUGACCACCAUGCUCGACACGACGAGGACCAUGCUGCGGCAGCUUCGGCAGAGCGACGACGAGGAGGCAGGGGAGGAGCUGAAGAGCAAGCUAGAGCAAAUGAGGUCUGUGCUGGAGAAGGGAGGAAAGUUCUCGGGGAUCAACCGCAAAGUUCAGAUCAAGCCGACCAAGUUCGAGGCGGCGUCGCCAGAGGGGCAGGGGGAGCGGAGCGAGAGCUACGGGCAGGUCAUCGAGCUCCUCAUCGUGGCCAAGUGGGGAGGAAGCUUGACAGACCUCGGGAAGGCGCAGGCGGCAGAGCUGGGCGAGAGGUUCCGAGACGAGCUCUACCCCGGUGACUCCACCACCUUCUUGCGCCUGCACAACUCGUACCGGCACGAUCUCAAGAUCUACUCGUCGGACGAGGGGAGGGUGCAGAUGACGGCUGCUGCCUUCACCAAGUCCUUCCUGGGGCUGGAGGGCGAGUUGACUCCCAUCCUCGUCUCCCUCGUGUCCAAGGAUCGCAACGCGCACUCGAUGCUCGACCCGAGCGGGGUGAACCUCAGCAAGGGGAUCCAGGAAGAGGUCAAGGCAACGCUGCGGGGGAUUCUAUCGAGAAACGAGGACAUCACAGACAUCAGCACCAAGGAGUUCAACGCGCUCUCGAGCGCCGUGGUCAACGCGAUCAAGGCGAUCAGGAACCCGACGGAGAAGCUGACGGAGCUAAGGAAAAGCAUCUACCGCCUGCUGGCCGAGCUUGACGAGCACAUUAAGAAGCAGAAGCUAGCUGUGAGGCUGGACCCGCACGACCCCGAGCACAGCAGCGACGUGGCGGACAUGAUCGACCUGGAGAACGGGGAGACCCUGCGGCUGAUGCACUCGAGGUGGAAGAAGCUGUACGAUGACCUCUGGGACGAGAAGGGCGAGACGUUCGACAUCUCCAAGAUCCCCGAUGUGUACGACUGCUGCAAGUACGACGCAAUACACACACAGCCGCGGCUGGGCCUGAAGGAGCUGGAGAACACGUACAAGAUUAGCAGGCAGCUUUCGGAGUUCGUCGCGCCGUCCGAGUACGGGCUGACGAGGAGGCAGCGGCUGGACAUUGGCAGCACCAUCUGCCGCAACCUCAUUGACAAGAUCAGCAUUGACAUCGAGAGCGCCCUGCUGAAACCCAAGAUGGAGAACGAGGAGGCGAUCUCCGAGUCAGACGACGAGAACGAGGGGACGCUGAGACUGAACCCGGACUUCAUGAAUGACGAGGACUUCAUCGACCACCAGAUCAAGACGAGGCUCUAUUUCACCUCCGAGUCUCACGUUCACUCCAUCCUCAACACCCUCCGCUACUACUACCAUGUGGACUCUCAGUCCAAAAGGAACGCCGUCUUCUCCCCCGAGUCCCAGCUAGCGCUCAAUGUCAUCCCCGAGUUCGACUACCUCUCUCAGAUCGUCUUCAAGGUCUACGAGAAUCUCACGGUCGCCGAGACAGACUCUCGCAGGUACUUCAUGCGCAUCGGCGUCAGCCCAGGAGUAGCAGGAAACUGCAUCGAGCUCCAUGAAGGAAGCUGCGGCGCGCGCGGCUGCCAACCUCUGCAGUGGCUGAGCCCCGACGGAGAGAUACUGAGAGCGCAGACGUUCCUCAGAAUCUGCAAGAAAAUCUCCCAGAGAGUGGACCAGCAGCGAGACGGCCUUCUGCAAGCGCGAAAGGAUCUUGAGAAGCCUCCUUCUCCUGUGGUCAAGAACGGAUCGUCAGAGGGGACGCAUAUUCGAAGCAAUGGGCGGUCGCCGUCGCCGCAUGCGCCUAGCGCGACUGUCUCUCAGCAUGCGGGGAUACGUCGCCAUCCAUCCAGCUCUAGAGCAUACCUGUUUCCCAGCAGAUCUCGGCUCCCCCUCAUCUCCCUUCGGUGUUCUAUUGCCGAGCAACUCGCCGCGCCCACUGUCGUCUCUGAGUACUUCAGCGCACAGACAAGGCUGGGGCUCCUUCGAACUCAGAUGUUAGAAUGGUAUGAGGAAGAAGAUCGUUACGAGGAGGACGCUGAGGCCAUCUUAAACGAGUUCGUAAAUCAUGUGAAGUCGAGCACCAACUGGGUUGUUGUUCAGGAGAGCGAAUCUGAAAUUAUCGCGACCUAUCAGGACUCAAGUGGCGCCGCCUUGCUGCAUGUUGGUCUCUACGGACUGGAGAACUGGAAGUCUCUUAGAGUCAUCCGCGACCCUUCCAUUCCCGCAGAACCGUUCUUCGAGUUGAGGAUGGUUGGGACAGAGGUGCUGACACAGGAGAUAGCAUAUGAAAUAGUCAAGGAGUUGAUGAGCAACGUCUUUGCGAAGUUUUCCGGGGAGGAGUGGAGGUCAGAGGAUUUGCCUCAGAUAGGAACGAGCGGCUUGACGGACAAGAAUGGUGACGACGUGAACCAAGCCCUCGUAAGACCGCCGUGCACGGCUGCAUGCUUGCAGCGAGCGAUUCCUGGGGAGGACAGGCCCUUCAUGGACACCAGCUCCAUCACAGAUUGGCUCUUACCCCAGCUGCAAAUUGAAAUGAAGGAUGAAGACGAUUAUCUGGGGGUGCCGGGAACGACGCCGGUCGAUGGGAGGGAAUACGCUGAGGGACAUUUUGGGGUGUAUGCCUUGAACAAGAGACCGCCCAAGAUCCCUGAGAACCAGACCGAACCGUACAUCCCCUCUACCCAGAGGUCCAACAGAAGUUUCCGGAUUGAGGUGAGCAAGUACGAGACCGAGGAGUUGAGGAGGAGGGGAAUGGCAACCGAGGAGCUGGAAGGCGAGUACUUAGACGAGGAGAAGGAAGAGAACUGGUAA